GAGCCUCAGGCUUCCGCCCGGCCCCAAGUUCUUGCGAGCUCCGCGGGUCCAGGCCCAGCUCCUCUUCCAUCCCACCGAGACGAAAAUUCGAGGUCCGCCAGUUUCCUGCAUCGUCUCUGCCUAACCUCACUGCUCUCCACUUCGUUCGUGGCUCACAGCAUUGUCACACCUGCCUGCUUGACAACAUACCCAGAAAUUUUCCAAACAAUGCAGGACAGGUGGAUGACUUAAUUGGCCUGUGGCCGUCCUGUGACCACUCUGAGCUCCCCCUGAACAAACCGGAGUCCAUGAUGCACCUAAACACCCACUAAGGGGCACGUAAGACAGAGGACGCUGGAGUCAGGGGACUCUUAAAACCAAGGCCAGGCCAGGCCCAGCUGACAAACAGGAAGUGCACAGGUAUCCAGGAGACACACCUGGUAUUCAGAGCAGUUUUUUCACCAUAUGCUUGAGAGACACGGGGCCUGAGGCACGUGAGAUGAUCAAGGGGUCCUAGAGUGUCCGUGUCCUAAGUUUGAUCACGAUGAGGAAGACUGAGGCCUGUUGGACGUACAAAGCACAGCCCCUGCACCCUCUGCCCCCGAGAGCUCCAUGCAGGUGCCACAAGACGGAGAGGACUUUGUGGGCCAACCCUGGUACCACGGCCCCCUGUCCCGCCAGAAGGCCGAGGACCUUCUCCAGCAAGAUGGUGACUUCUUAGUUCGUGCGUCCAAGUCCCGUGGGGGCCACCCUGUGAUCUCCUGCCGCUGGCGGGGCUCAGCCCUGCACUUCGAGGUGCUCCGUGUGGCCCUGAGGCCCCGGCCAGGCCGGCCCACAGCUCUCUUUCAGCUAGAGGAUGAGCGUUUCCCCAGCCUGCCUGCCCUGGUUCGCAGCUAUGUGAUUGGCCAGCGUCCACUGUCCCAAGCCACAGGGGCUGUGGCCUCCAGGCCAGUGCCGCGGCAAGGACCAAUUCGACGCAGCUUUAGUGAGGACAUCCUUCCAGAUGGCCCAGCUCGCACAGAGCCGCUCAGGGAUAGGAAGCGGAGUGAUAGUCAGCCUGCAGGUUUGGAGCAUCUGUGGCGGGCACCAGAAGACCCUCCUGGACCAGGAGCCUCCACUGUACCUGCAUCUGGCCUGCCUCGGACAGGUAGUGACCCCGUGAUACUAAAGACCCCAGUUCCCUUAGGGUCCGUUGCUGACAGUCUCAGGGCCUCUGAUGGGCAGCUUCAUGCCAAGGCCCCAACCAAGCCACCUCGAACACCCUCAUUGCUGCUGCCUGAUGCCUCUGGACGCCCCCCGACAUACUGUGAGCUGGUGCCCCGAGUGCUCAGGGUCCAAGGACCACCCCCUGGCCACAGCUGCCCAGAGUCAGAGGUGCCCUGGUGGGAAGCCGAGGAGGAGAAAGAGGAGGACAGAUGUUUUGCAAGACCGCAGGCUGAGGUCUCCUUCUGUCUCCCUGACACCCCCUCCUGCCUGCUGGGGUCCCAGAAUCGGCCUCUGGAACCCGAAGUCCUGCAUACUCUCCGUGGCCUGUUCCUGAAACACCAUCCUGGGAGCACAGCACUCCACCUGCUAUUGAUAGACUGCCAGGCCACAGGCGUCCUGGGAGUGACCAAGGCUCAGCGGGGCGCCAUGGGGGUCGCCUCUGGCCUGGAGCUGCUCACACUUCCCCACGGGCAUCUCUUGAGGUUGGAAUUGCUGGAGAGGCUCGAGACGCUGGCGUUGGCGGGGGCGCUGGCAGUGCUGGGCUGCGCAGGGCCGCUGGAAGAACGCGCGGGCGCCCUGAGGGGCCUGGUGGAGCUGGCCGUGGCGCUGCGGCCAGGGGCGGUGGGGGACCUGCCUGGACUGGCCGCGGUGAUGGGCGCCUUGCUCAUGCCCCAGGUGUCGCGUUUGGAACGCACGUGGCGCCACCUGAGAAGGAGCCACACGGAGGCUGCGCUGGCCUUUGAGCAGGAGCUGAAGCCGCUAAUGCGAUCGCUGAAUGAGGGCGCCGGACCCAGCGAUCCCGGCGAGGUGGCGCUGCCGCACGUGGCACCCGCGGCGCGCCUGCUGGAGGGUGAGGAACUCCCGGGGCCCUUGGACGAGAGCUGCGAGCGGCUGCUGCGCACCCUGCACCGGGCGCGUCAGACGGCCCGGGACGCGCCCAGAUUCCGCGAGGCGGCGGCGCGGCGCUUGCGAGGAUUCCGGCCCAACCCGGAGCUGACAGAGGCCCUGACCACUGGCUUCUUGAGGAGGUUGCUCUGGGGGAGCCGAGGGGCUGGGGCGCCAUGGGCCACACGACUCGAGAAGUUCCAACGCGUCCUCAGCGUCCUCUCGCAGCGCCUGGAGCCUGACCCUUGAAAGCACAAACCCCCUUCUCACCCUGGGAUACCCAAGCAUCUGGGGACCCCUGAUGGAGACCUAGGAAGCCGCCCAAGUUUCUUCACCCAGCCAAAUGAAGUGGGGACCUGCACCCUGCUGCACAGAAGGAGAGGACCGGUUUGCAAGAACCCACCUUGCACCCUAAAAAGGCAUGUGGAUCCUGGGAGUGGGCAGCUCCUGCCUCACACUAGAAGACCCAGAUGUCUGGAGGCUCUGCACCCCCUGCCCCACCCCUACCCAACAAGUGGUGGACAUGUGUCUCUUAAUGUUAAAGAUAACUUGAAGAUCUCUCUGUAAGAAGCCAGAGUUCAAGUGUUUUAAAACCUGUGUGACUUUUAUCAGAUCACUUGACCUCUCUGUGCCCAGUUUUAAUAUAAAAGUGAGACUGUACUUUCUAGAGGUUAUCAUGGGGAUGAAAACUCAACGUUUGAAUGAGCUCCUGGGUGGAGAAUGCCUGGCACACAGUAGGUGCUCAGCAGAUGUGAGCUGCAGGGAACACCAAAGAGGUGACAGCCAGCACCCUCCUCCCUCCCGGAGUCACAGACAAGCAC